AUUGCGCAAUGGGAACAAUAGAACUCGAGAUUUGCAACAGCAAAUAUCUGCGACAAUAUUGGCAAACACAUUCCCUCCAUCGACACGGCGAUGCAGAAAGUUAUCACUGUUGCGGUCUUUUUGAAAUAUUUAACCAAAAAAUCUUACUGUGCAGUAACAAUCUUAUUACUGUUUAUUAUUUACUACGGGAUCAAUAUAAAUAAUAUUAGAAGCGAGUAUCGGCUUAAUAUUAUAGACGAAGAGGAGAUUAUUACAACUACAGAGGCAACACAAAAAGAACCUGACGAAUUUAUUGAUAUCCGUUACAUUUUGUUAUGGAGUGAUCCCAAACACAGUCCGUUUAAUUAUCUAGGCGAGGGGCGAGCAACGUUUAGCGAAAGGAAUUGUUCGUGGACGAAUUGUUACGUAACCAGCGAUAGGAAUUACUUGGGAGACUACACUGAGUUUGAAGUUGUGGCCUUCAAUGGCCCCGACCUUCAGGACCUGCGCAGUAGGAACAACUUGCCCAAACGACGCUCGCCGCGCCAGAAAUACGUAUACGCAAAUAUUGAAUCAGCGGCUACCUACCCCAUUUGUUCGAAAUCGUGGGAUUCUUAUUUCAAUUGGACUUGGACCUAUCGCUUGGAUUCAGAUCUCGUCUGGAAAUAUUUCGUUAUUAGGAACUCAAGCGGUCGUGUGAUUGGCCCGAGUGAAUCCAUUAAGUGGGUGCGAGAAGACGACAUGGGGGACAUCAGCGAGUCACUAAAAGAGAAGUUGAAAAGUAAAACAAAAGCAGCUGCAUGGUUCGUCUCCAACUGCGACACCCAAAGCCUCAGAGAGGAUGUCGUGAAGCAGAUCCAGGACUAUAUGCGUGCAUUUAAUUUAGCCGUCGAUAUAUUUGGAGAAUGUGGUAAAUUGUCGUGCCCAAAGUCAGCCAUGAUAGAAUGCUUAAAAAUUCUAGAAAAAGAUUAUUACUUUUACUUCGCAUUUGAAAAUUCAUUGAGUGACGAUUACGUCACUGAAAAAGUUUUACACGCUCUUAAUCACGACACAGUUCCUGUAGUGUACGGAGGAGCAAACUAUAGAAAGUUAGUAAAUUUUAUAUUUAUUUAAACAGUUUGGAUAUUUAGAAUAAAGAUUUAAAAAAAAUAUGGUUAGUUUUUCAAUGAUGAUUGAUUACAUUUCUAGGGUCCUUUUGCUGGAUUAAAUUGUAAUUUUUUCCUUAUAUGUAUUAUUAAUCCCGUGAUCACACUCACUAUGAAUGGCGUUUAAUGCAGAUAUUUUCGUAGAUACCUCCCACCGGGAUCGUACUUGGACGCUAGGGAGCUGGGCCCUCGAAUGCUAGCAGAAGCCAUGCGCAAUAUCAUCCUCAGCCCAGAAGCUUACCACAAUUUCUUCCGUUGGAAGAAUUGGUACCGCUUUGAGCCGAGCCACGCGAGGCCCACCACCGACGUGUACUGUGAGCUGUGCGCCGCUAUCAACGGCGCCGGCUUCCGGGAGUCCAGCGUGUACCCACACUUCGACCAGUGGUGGACGCCCCACACCUCGUGCAAAAACGAGUUUGUUGUCAAAAUACAUUAAAAUAAACCUUCAGAUCUAACACUACUCUUCAUUUAAUCAUUUCCAAUUCUGGUAAACAAUAGUUUUAACACAAGUCUGAUAUAUAUAAAAUAGUAUAAAACGUAAAAUAUCAGUCAUUUGCCUCAAAUAUCGAUAUCAAUAUUUAUUUAUUUUUAUUUAUUUAUUUAUUACUCUUUAACAAAUAAUUGUACAGGAAACUUAAAAAUAUAUAUAUUAGUAACAAGUAAAAAAGAAAGAGUACAAUUUGUUGGGCGGCCUUAUCACUCAGAAGUGAUGUGUGUUUAAUAAUUUAAUGUUCCAAUCUAACAAAAUAAUUAACAAACUUAACCUAACAAUAUUUAUUCCCUAUAUAUUAUAUUUAUACUAAUAGUUCUAACUAGACAAAACACUUUCUAAGAAGAAACGGGAUAGCGUAUAAGAGCAAAAUAGAUUCGACCAAAACCCACGGCGCUAACGUUCACGUCAGUCUUAUUGAAUUAAC